GUCUGUGACAUAUCACGAUUAUCACGUAGAAAAUAAAUAUUUCAAGAUUCCGAAUUACGAUUUUCAGUGAUAAAAUAGUACUCAAUAGAUAUAAUUAUUGUACCGCUGUUUCUCAAGUAAACCUUAAGUUACUUUAUUUAUUAUUACUAUUUUUCACGUGGAUCGUAACAAUGUCUCAGCUCAAAUCAAAUAAAAAACUUAAAUGGGCUUUAGAUUUUAAUCAAAAGAAUAAACAACUUUCAACAGAACUGCCCUCACCCCCAGGUUACAGUCAGUCUUCAAACGCUAAUUAUGCCGAAUCAUCAAAAGAUUCAGACUCUAAUUUACUCCUCAUUAAAAAACUAUGGGAUGUGGCAUUGGGCCCUUUGAAACAAGUACCCAUGAAUCUUUUUAUUAUGUACAUGGCUGGUAACUCUAUCUCUAUAUUUCCAAUAAUGAUGGUUGGCAUGUUAAUAGUGAGGCCGGUGAAGGCGCUGUUUGCUACACAAAGUACUUUCAAAAUGGUUGAAGGUACACAAGCUAUCGGACAAAAAAUUGUUUAUUGUAUCGGAAAUAUAGUAAACAUUCUUUUAGCACUCUAUAAGUGUCAGAGUAUGGGAUUGUUACCAACUCACUCAAGUGAUUGGUUGGCAUUUGAAGAGCCUCAAACAAGACUCGAACAUAUUGGAGGUGGUUUAUCACUUAUAUGAAUUUAAUUUAGUCACUAGGGAAAAAUGUUAGUUUAAAAGAUUCACAGUUUGAAUUGUAUUUAUUAUACUAUUAUUGUAAAACUAAUAAUAAAUAUGUACAAACAA